AUGGACUUCUUCUUCAACUGUAGCUCAUGUAAUACAAAUUACAACUUCCAAGAAUCAUAUUGUAAAUAUUGUUUAACAAAGAUAACAACAGAUCAAACCAGAGUAUUUGAACUUAUUGAGAAUGUUAUAGAGAAACGUGCUGUAAAUACGGCAAUGAAGAGAUUGAUUGAGGAUCACUUGGAAUCACAUAGAAAGGAUAUUGAAAGGGAGACCAAGAUGUCUUAUAUUAUUGGUCGUCGCGCUCAAUUAUCACAACUCAAACAAAAGAAUGAUACGAUGAAACAAGAGAUAGAGGCCGACCACGAGAUGAUCGAAGCAAAGAAACGAUAUCUAAGUUCAAGACGUAAUCUACUCAAAAAGAAUAAGGCUACAUAUGACAACUCGGACAAGUCAGAGUGUACCCUACUGCCUGAGCGCAUUGAACGUAUACGAUUGGAUCUCAAUGACAACAGAAUGAAGCUUACUCUGCGACGACGACAGGUAAUCGACCAGAUCACCAACCAGAUACUUCCAAUCAUGCAGUCACCAGUUGAACCAGACAACGUGAUCAUUGUAAAUAUUGUAAUUAACGAUAAGAAACUACAGAAAUACCCAAAGGACAUUGUAUCAGCUACACUUGGCUAUAUUGUCAAGCUUACCGACAUGAUAGCGACAGUCCUCUCCAUUCCCCUGCCUCACAAGAUGCGAUUCAUUGGCUCAAAGUCGACCAUACAACAGAAUCAAAGGAAACAACAAUACCCUUUGUACUUUAACAACAAGACCAAGACUAGAGAUUAUCAAAAGUCAUUGUUCCUGCUUGGAGAGAAUAUAUCAUACUUGCGCUUCCAACAGGGCAUUCUGACACCUGCCGACACACAUUUGCACUUCCUUCACAACUUGGUCGAACUGUUGGCCUCACCGAAUCUUGGCUCAUCGGGUCCAUUCACUUAUCAACGACUGGCCUCUGGACAAUCACCGGCGACCAGCACUCAGUACACCACGUUGGACGAAGGUGAAUCCAAGGAGGAAUGGGAGUUCAUAGACUUCUUUGCACCAACACCAGAUCAGCCAGAGGAAGUUGUAGAACAACUUGAAAGGAUAUUA